AUGGCUGAUUCUCCCAAAGACAAGACUCGUCCUCCUCUGAAAACAAAACUUGUACGUUCGCAGAAAAUCAUUCAGUUACCUUCAACAGAUACAAGACCACAAGAUAUCCCUGAGGAUUCCGAACCACCACCACCACGAGAGAAUGUGCCUCCUCCCCGCAGUCAUACCCCGGGACAUCUAUCAACUAAGAGUCAAGAUAGGCGGAAGCAGAAAUCAGAUUUAUCGUUGCGCCAGCGAUCACAAUCAUUGUCGCAAAAGGAAUCCUCAUCUUCAUCCAUCAAAUCAACGACCGCGAACCCACCCUCUAUCCAUCAUGGCAGCAGUACGUCUGAUCCCCCGGAGAACUUUAUGUCACCACCCGAUAGUGGUAAUCCGGUACCUCCACUUCCCAAAGAAGAUGCCCAUAGACCCGUUAACCUUCGUUCCACGUCUGCCAUAGCACCGAAAACUUCUUCAUCUUCAUACUCUUCUUCUCCUGUACCACCCGUACAACGUCCCCCUCGUGGGAUCUCCAUUCCAUAUCCUUCAUUACCAGAUCCAAAUUUGGCCCCCAAUGUUCUCCCUGCACCAGCAUCAGGAAUGUACUGGUCUCGCGCCCCUGUCUCUGGUUCGUCUCAUACCUCUUUGCGGGCACACACUUCCACACUUAUUGGUUCCAAUAUCUACGUCUUUGGCGGAUGUGAUGCACGUUCAUGUUUCAACGAAUUAUAUAUCUUAGAUGCCGACGCCUUUUAUUGGUCUACCCCUUUCGUCUGUGGAGAUAUACCUGCUCCUUUACGAGCAAUGACAUGCACGGCCGUGGGGAAGAAGUUGAUAGUAUUUGGUGGUGGAGAUGGACCUGCAUAUUACAACGAUAUAUAUGUACUCGACACAUUAAACUUUCGAUGGUCAAAGCCACGGAUAUCUGGAGAUAAGAUACCGAGCAAACGAAGGGCACAUACGGCAUGUUUAUACAAAAAUGGGAUAUACUUCUUUGGUGGUGGAGAUGGAGUACGGGCGCUAAAUGACGUAUGGAGAUUGGACGUCGCAGAUACGAACAAGAUGUCUUGGAAACUCGUUUCUGCUCCGACGUCAUCAUCUGUUGACGAUAACACCAAGCCAAAAGCGCGUGGUUAUCAUACUGCAAACAUAGUCGGAUCUAAGCUCAUUGUAUUCGGUGGAUCGGAUGGUGGGGAAUGUUUCCGAGAUGUAUGGGUCUUCGAUAUUGAGACUUCGAGUUUUUCACCGGUCAAUAUUGCACUUUCGUAUCCGCGAUUAAGCCAUACUGCUACCAUCGUAGGAAGCUAUCUAUUUGUAAUAGGUGGCCACGACGGCGUUGAAUAUUCGAACGAAGUACUCCUCCUAAAUCUCGUCACCAUGGCGUGGGAUAAGCGAAAAGUCUACGGAGAGCCCAUCAAAGCUCGCGGAUACCACGGAACAGUGCUUCACGAUAGCAGACUCAUGGUAAUCGGAGGUUUCGAUGGCGGAGAAGUGUUUGGAGAUGUAUCGGUAAUCUCUCAAGGGCGCUUCUUGUUGGCAGAACCCUCCGUUUCUGCAAUGAAGCGCGAAUGUGACGACGAAGAUAUGGCAGAGCCGUUCAUCUCUACUGUAAGACAGCGCGAUCGAGGAAAAGAAAAAGAUGAGCAAUACAUUACAACUCCUUGA